AUGAAAAACUGUCCGGGCUGCAACUGCUCGUUUCACGCCGCUUGCUUGGGAAUCGAAGAAAAAAUCUUCCACGAAGGCUGGAGAUGCGCUACCUGUGUGGCCACCGCGGACAUACCUGCGAGCGAGUCAACCACGAUCGCUCCAACCAUGUCGACCUCGGCUACUGCCGGAGCUAUGGGAUCGCUGCUCACCGAGCAAGCAAAAGCAGACUUGGUUUGGAUCGCGGAACAAAGAGAGUCUAUAUUGCGCGAAGUGGAAAGACAACAAUCGGAACUGAGCCGCAAGAGAGAGGAGCUGGAGAAGAUGAGCCGUGAGGUUGCCGAGGGGAUCCUGAGCGGAAGCAGACAAGCAGUAGCGGCUGGCCGCAGCAAAGCUGGUCUCAACAAGAACAGUCGCCACAAGGGCAGCCGCAGCAGGACUGGACUCGGCACGGUCAGCCGCCGCAAGGGCAGCCGCAGCAAAGUUGGCCUCAACAGGGACAGCCGCCGCAAGGGCAGCCGCAGCAGGACUGGCCUCAACGCGGACAGCCGCCGCAAGGGCAGCCGCAGCAAGACUGGUCUCAGCUCGGACAGCCGCCGCAAGGGCAGCCGCAGCAGGCCUGGACUCAGCACGGACAGCCGCCGCAAGGGCAGCCGCAGCAAAGCUGGUCUCAACAGGGACAGUCGCCGCAAGGGCAGCCGCAGCAGGACUGGACUCGGCAGGAACAGCCACCGCAAGGGUGGCCGCAGCAGGACUGGCCUCAACACGGUCAGCCACCGCAAGGGCAGCCGCAGCAGAACUGGCCUCAACACGGUCAGCCGCCGCAAGGGCAGCCUCAGCAAAGCUGGUCUCAACAGGGACAGCCGCCGCAAGGGCAGCCGCAGCAGGACUGGCCUCAACGCGGACAGCCGCCGCAAGGUCAGCCGCAGCAAGACUGGUCUCAGCUCGGACGGCCGCCGCAAGGGCAGCCGCAGCAGGACUGGACUCAGUACGGACAGCCGCCGCAAGGCAUCUUUGCAAUCCAGUACUGCUGCGGGAACUGGUGGACAAACUACCAGCCCAGCAGCGCCUGAACUGGGCGAUAUUCAAGAAACAGUUCCAGACGGUCGAUCUCAGCACAUUUGCUGCAUACAUGACGAUGAUAGUAGGAGCGGCCUCCGAAGUUACAGUCGUUAUAGACGCCAAACUGCCUCGGCCCGGGCGAACCGAACGCGGUAACCUACACGCCCACUCAACGAGCGACGCACCGACCAGUGCUGCACCAACCUGCACCGAGUCGACCAGAGAAGAACAACCAGGAAAAGAUUCUACAAAGGACAUCGUGGAGGUCCA